AUGCAAAAAAGAGCAUCAGAAGAAAUAGCGCAUGCGUCCGCCACAGAGGCCGCGCCAGUGAGAGAGAGUUUCACUCUAGAGAAGCAAAGCCCAACAUGCAAGCAGCAUGCUGCUUGCGGCAGCGGCCUGCUGCCCAAGUUGAGCUCGUUCCUGGACGCGAUGGGAGAGUUAACCAGCAGCUUCGGUUUUAUGUUUGCGCUGUAUGCGCUUGUAGAAGACACCUGGACUGGAUCGAUAAUCGCAGCCAGCACGGGCACGCUUGCCUCUAUAGGCAUUUUAUACAGCAUUUCCAUGCAAAAAAGAAUGAGAAACACCCGUGCCUACGAGAUGGCAUCCAACAGCGCGCCUUCGUGCAGUGAAGAAGAUAUUCCUGCGCCCGGGCAGGGAGAGCCCGCUGCACUCAGCGACUAUAGGAGCGUUGUGAAAAACCACCUCACGCACAUAAGCACUCUGCAUAGGUCGGCGGAGUUUGCACAAAGUUUAUUUUUGGUGGCUCUUAUGCUAGCAUUUAUAGGGUUGAGAGCAAUUUCAAUAUUCGAUACGUUCUUCUCUGUGAAGAUGUUUUUCGCGCUCAAAAUAAUAGUUCCUCUGCUGCCUCUUGCAAUGAUUUUGCUGGGCUUUAUGUGUUCAUGUGUGGAGACCGGGCACUGCUACACCAACAAAAUCACAAAUGCAAUCAGCUGUGUCUUUUUUGUGGCGUUUGUGGCGCUUGUGCUUUGCGUCUCUAUAUACCUGUCGCGCCUAGACGGGGCACUCGAGGGCGCUAAAGAGUGCCCGGCCCCACUGUGCAAGGAUGUUAUGCGGUUUAACUACCCUAGUGUUUUGCAAGCAUUGGGGGUUUUUCUGUUUAUAUUUCCAGCAGCGCACAACACAGUGAACUCCGCAGGAAGCAGGAAAUACCAACAGAGGGCAAAUGCCCACCCAUGGGCUAGGCUUGCUGCGCAGGUCUGCCUGUGCAUAGCAUAUUCUACAUUCGGGUGUUUUUUGAUGCUCACGACUAAAAAAAUCAUACAGAAUAGUGUGUAUGGAGACAUCAUAUCAAACCUUAAGAUGGCGCUGGAAGAUAAAAUGGAAAAAUGCCCCUGUCGCCGCACAUCACGGGCAUAA